AUGUUACUUGGUUCGUGGGCUGGACCCCAGACCUUGUUACCGAUUGCUGCAGUGAUUCUAGUGAAUCACAGAAUCCUGUUUGAUGCCAAUGUGGAUCAUUCUUAUUAUGACGGUCUGCUCUGGACACUACGGAGCUUACAUCAACUCUCGAUGCUGCUUGUGCCCCUAGUGAUCUGGAUUGAUCUGCAGCAAUACCUGAACUCAAUGUUGUUUAUGGAUAGCCAACAAUUUGGGCUGCUGUCUGACGGGUUUUCCUCCUCACAGGAACAUCGAAUACUGCGUGUAUCUACAGGGGAGCUUGGUGCUGCUCGGGCAAACCAAGACAAUGCAGACACAAAAGACUUAAAAGAGCAGGUUUCCAACCUCAAAGCAGCUUUAGCCAAGAAGGAAGAAGAAAUGGAGAACCUUUCUCGUCCAUUAACCAGCACUCCAGAAACAAUCUGGUCUACACUCCGAGGAAUGCGCCUUAUGCUAGUGAGGAAAUUGAUGUGGUUCGUGAGCAAUGGGCGAAGUUUUUUACCACCAAGUAUUUAUUAUUGACCUGAGGGCGCUUGAUCGAGUUGGUUUAGAUGUUAUAGAACAAUCUUUUAUGUUAAAAUGUAUGCGUACGUUGAAAUUGGAACGUAAAUAUAUUUAAAUGUAUCGGUAUGUGCACUUUUGGUUU